AUGUCGGACACGAGCAAAGUUUCUCUUCCUACACUACCAGUCGAAGUCGUCUACCGAAUACUUGAUCGUCUGGACAUUAUUACGAUCUUAUGUACAGUGUGUAAUGUAUGUCAACGGCUCAAUAAAAUCAUAUAUUCGUAUGAAAGAUACCAGGUACUUACAACAGUGAAUCUUCGUAAUACUCGUAUCUCUAACAGUGAAACAUUCAUUCUGGCUGAUGCAUUGAAAACCAACACGGCGCUCAAGACGUUAAUUCUUAGCGUGAAUGAAAUUGGUGAUGAAGGUGUAAAGCAUUUGGCUGGCACAUUACGAAAUAAUACAGCUUUAACCGAACUAUACCUUGUCAGCAAUAAGAUUGGUGAAGUUGGAGCAGAAUACCUAGCUGACAUGUUACAGCACAAUACAGGACUUGUCACGCUACAUCUUAGUUGUAAUCAGAUUAAAGACAAUGGAAUAAAACAUCUGGCGGAUGCGUUACAAGUCAAUGAGAAACUGACAAUAUUAGAUCUUCAAAAGAAUUAUAUUGGAUGUGAGGGAGCACAACAUUUGGCCAAUGCAUUGCGAAAUAAUACCGCUUUAACCAAACUAUACCUUGCCAACAAUAAGAUUGGUGAAGUUGGAGCAGAAUACCUAGCUGACAUGUUACAGCACAAUACAGGACUUGUCACGCUACAUCUUAGUUGUAAUCAGACUAAAGACAGCGGAAUAAAACAUCUGGCGGAUGCGUUACAAGUCAAUAAAACGUUGAUACACCUGGAUCUAAACGGAAAUAAAAUAGGAAAGCACGGAGCGAAAAGUUUGGCGGAUGCAUUACAAUACAAUGAGAAACUGACAAUAUUAGAUCUUCAAAAGAAUUAUAUUGGAUGUGAGGGAGCACAACAUUUGGCUAAUGCAUUGCGAAAUAAUACGACCCUAGUCGAAUUGAACAUUAAUGGUAAUCAUGUUGGAUAUCAGGGAGCACAAUAUUUUGCUGAUGUACUACUUCAUAGCUCGACUCUACGCAUAUUACACAUUGGCAACAAUAAAAUCAGAUUCGAUGGAUUAAAAGCUCUAGCUGAUAUGUUAAGAACUAACAAAAUGCUGCAUACGUUAGACAUCGGCGGUAACCAUAUUUCAGAUAAAGAACGACAAUACCUAGAUGCUGAAGAGGCAUGCCGUCUGGAUGAUGAACAAGCACGCCGUUUGGAAGAUGUACAAGCACGAUAUAUGGCUUUUCUAAGGACACAAUAUGUGACCAUGGCACGAGCACCACGUCUGGAUAAUGCACAAGCGAGAUAUACGGCUGGUGAAGAGACACGGGAUCCGAACGAUGAAGCUGUUCGAUAUCUAGCUGCUGCAUUACAAGAAAAUUCAACACUCACAACGUUAUUCAUUCCAAACAAUCAUAUCGGGCGUGUUGGGACUCGUCAUUUGGCUGAUUUGUUGAAGAAAAACAGAGCAUUGCGUAUAUUACAUCUUCAGGGCAACAUCAUAAGCCAUGAAGGAGUACGUGACCUCAUCAAUGCGCUCAAAAAUAAUAAUACACUUAUCGAACUAGAGCUCGAAUUUAGUGAAGUCACCGACAAAAUGGCAAUUGACCUCGAUGAAUUGCUCGAACGGAAUGAACGACUUACGAACAUCAAUACCGAUAAUCGUGAAUAA